AUGUCUCAUUACUUUUAUAUAACAACGCUUCUGUAUCAUCAUCUCAUCAAUGGUUACCGAGACAAAACAAGGAUGUCGAAAAAACGUCGCUUGAUGAUGGAAUUUAAAUUUAGUAUGGAAUCGCUGCCCCACCAUGUCGUAGAGCGUAUCCUUGAGAGACUUCCGGUGAAACCUCUGAUGAGGUUCAAGGCUGUAUCGAAGCAAUGGAGAUCGACGAUCGAAUCACCGUUCUUCCAAGGAAGACAGUUGAAGCAUCGUCAGCAAUCAGGAGAUCCAGAUACAUCCUCAUCCCAUCCUGGCCAAGUAGAAUCUCUAGCAACACUUGCGUUGGUUUCAUCAUCUUUGGUCGAAAUCCCUACUCCUUGGGACAAGAAACAAUACUUAGUUUGUCAGAGUAGUUGUGACGGUCUCGUUUGUGUCUACAAUGCGCACAUCAAAUCCGGAUCUGGUUUUGUGUUCAAUCCCACCACUAGAUGGCAUCGGGUCCUUCCUCUCUGUGAAUUACAGCGACUCAUUGUCGACAAAGGAUACGGUUACUACAGGCUUAGACACGGAUGCACUAAUCUUGGGUUCGGUAAAGACAAAUUCACGGGCACGUACAAGCCCGUUUGGCUCUACAACUCUGCAGAAAUAGGCCGAGAAAACGCUACCACAUGCGAAGUUUUCGACUUUAGCACCAACUCUUGGAGGUAUGUCACUCCCUCUUCUCCUUAUCGAAUUUUGAGUGGUUACCACCAUCCCGUGUACGUCGAUGGGUCGGUCCAUUGGUUCACAGAAUGCAAAGAAACCAAAGUUGUAUCUUUCGAUCUUCACACGGAAGCUUUUCAAGCCGUCUCGGCUCCCUUUGCCAAUGCACCGGUUAACGAGAUGGCCAUGUGCAACCUCCACAACCGCUUGUGCGUAUCCUUGAAGAAGUGCUCCAACCAAGUGAUAUGGUCGUUCAAUUCAGGGAACAAGACAUGGGACCAACUGUGUUCAAUAGAUCUUGAUGCAGUUUCUUUGCGGUUUGCUAUCCCAACACUAGUAUGCGCUGUCCAGCCCCUGGCACUUUUGGAUGGGGAGAAAAAGAAGAAGAAAAAGUUGCUGUUUUAUGACAUUGUGUCACACCGAACACUGAUGACAUAUGAUCUUGAUACCAAAUCAUAUGAUACUGCUGCUAAAUUCCUUGGGGAUGCUCUUUGUUAUUUCCCGAGUUUGUUCUCCGUUUUAUAA